AUGUCUGUAAAGGAUUUUAGAGAUGAAAAGGUGGAGAUGAAUAGCUUAAGCAACAAUCUCACUGCAAGAGAGAGGCUGCUGCAAUCCAACAGAACCAUCAUUGCAGCUUCUUGUGCUGCUUGGAUCUCUGUCUUGGCCGGCUUUCCUUUUGACUCUGUCAAAACUCGAAUGCAGACACACUAUUAUCCAUCAAUUUUGUCAUGCGUCAAAAUCACCUACGCCGAAGAAGGAGCAAGAGGCUUCUUUAGAGGAAUGAUGCCGCCACUCGUUACUGUGAGCAUCAUCAAAUCAGUUUCUUUUUCAAUCUAUGAAGGCACCAAACGAUCGCUGCUGCAAGACAAUGGAUACAAAUACGACACAUUAUCUGAUGUAUUAAAAGUGUCAUCGUUGAGUGGCGGUGUCAGUGGUGCAUUCAUCGCAUUAUUGAGUUGUCCGUUAGAACUCGUCAAGAUUCAACGGCAAUUGGAGCAAGUCAUGUUGAAAGACCAGAUAGAGGCAGGCCGAGUAGCAGCAAAUCAAGUCGUUGAAGCAUCAUCAUGGAAGGCUGUAAAGCAAAUUGUACAACGCAAAGGUGUAUUUGGUUUAUGGAGUGGGGUAACUUGUCAUUCGGCAAGAGAUGCUCUAGGUACAGGCAUAUACUUUGGAGGAUAUGAAUCCAUGAAGCGUAUAUUAUCCAAAGAUGGCUCAACGAUGACAGCUGGACCACUGACUCAUUUCAUGUCGGGUGGAUUUUGUGGAAUCAUGAGUUGGCUCAUUGUUUUCCCUGUGGAUGCCAUCAAGACCAAUUUACAAAAGGAUAUCAUGAUGCCGAAACCAAGAUACAAUGGGUUCAUGGAUUGUGCAAUAUCACUAGCAAAGAAGAAUGGAAUUAAGGGACUCUACAGAGGGCUGAAUGUAACAUUGCUCCGGGCAUUCCCUAUUCAUUCUCUAAAUUUCUUGGUUUAUGAGCAGGUCCUCAAAUCGAUACCUCCAUCAUCAUCAUCGUGA